AUGUAUAAACGAAAUAUAUCAUCGAUUGUAUUAUUAUCGUUUUUGGUGCUCUUCUAUUUUGCUUUCUUAACCACAUAUGUACAAUCCGUGUCCUGUGGUCCUUAUGCUGGUAAUUCAUCAUGUCUUACCGGAUUAUGUUGUAGCAAGGAUGGCUUUUGUGGUAAAACAGAUUUAUUUUGCGGUGAGGGUUGUGAUCCCAAAUAUGGUGUCUGCGGGGAGGUAAUAAUAUCUGGUAGUGCCACAACUGUGAUUCCUAGUCCAACCAGUCCAACGAAAUUAUCUGAAGCAAGUGGACCAAAAAAAAAUUCCCUCGGCAUAUUGUUCUUAGUGGUGUUGGUCGCCGUUGUUCUUUUAUAA